GCGGAGCUUAUCAAUGACGUCCCAAAUGGCGAUCCUCUCCAGAGCCCGUAAAACCCUCCUCAAAACCCUAAACCACCACAACAAUCCCUUUAAAGCUUCCAUUUCCACCUUCACAUUCCUCUCCCAGGAAGCCCAACUCGCCCAUCCCAGGCUUCCCCCGCCAUCUCCUACUCCACUUCCUCCCAACCCCGCCUCAGGGAGCCCGCUCUACAAUUAUUUUUUAUGGACGGAUCUUUACUUUAUUUAUAUCAGGAUGCUGCAGACAGGAAAGGAAUCUAUGCCUGAUGAUGAGUCAUAUGAAUUGGUUGUUGGUAUGUUGUUUUUGACAGACCAGAUUGAUGCUGCCUUGAGAUAUGUUGAUUUGACUUUGAAAUCUGGUUAUAUGUUGUCAAUGAGGGUUUUUGCUGAGUGUGUGAGAAGUUGUGUUAACAAAGGCAGGCUGGCUGCUUUGGUGUCUAUUAUAGAGAGGUGCAAGACAAUGGAUCAGAAUAAAGCUCUUUCUCCCUCCUGGAACAUGUGCAUCUUCAUUGCAGAUAUUGCGAUGCAAGAGGAUAAUAGCAAGUUAGCUUUUUAUGCCCUGGAAUUCAUGGCCAGAUGGAUUGCUCGGGGUGAGAAUGCAAGGGGUCCUGUUCUACUCUCUGUGGAUGAGGGGCUUGUUGUAUCAGCACUUGGAACUGCUGGUAGGACUUACAGUUGUACUCUUCUAGAUGCAUCAUGGGCGAUCCUACGACGAUCAUUGCGUCAAAAGAAGGCACCUCAACCAGAAUCUUAUCUUGCAAAAAUAUAUGUCGAUGCAGCAUUGGGGAAUUUGCAGAGAGCAUUCAGCACUCUGCAUGAGUUUGAAACCGCUUAUAGGAACUCCCCCAAAGAAGCAGAAGAGGAUAUAUUCUCACCUUUUACAUCUUUACAUCCUUUGGUAAUGGCAAGCUCCAAGAAUGGUUUUGAAACUUUGCACACGGUGGGUUGAUUGUUGAAGUGGGAGCUUUGUCACGAUCAAUAGAAAUACUUCAAAAUAAGAGGCUUAACAUCAGAUGAAAGAUGAGAAGAGAAAACAGAGAAGUCUAGAUGAUCAAGAUAGUUUAUUUUAUAGGAAGCCAAUCUAUGUUAAGAGUUGGAUAAUAAGAUACCAACCUUCUGUUAAAUUUUUACAUUGUAACUAUUUUCAUCAAAUAGUAUCAUAUACGUUUCGGGACAUGUAAUUAUGGAUUUCAUUCCAAUUAAAAUUCCAAUGUAUUGAACAUAAAUUUUGGUUA